UUUUAAAAUACUUUUAUUCUAAGCUUCUUCCUUCUCUUGCAAUGCUCAGCCUCUGCAACUCAAAUUCUCUCUCUCUCCUUCAAACAACUUUCCCUUCCAAAAACCCUAAUCGAACUCCAAAGAACAAAUUCCACAUCGUAAAAAUGGCCGCCGAUUUCGAUCGAGCCACAGAAUUGAAGCAAUUCGACGAAACCAAAGCCGGCGUCAAAGGCCUUCUCGACGCCGGCAUCAAUCAAAUCCCUCACAUUUUCAUUCACCCGCCUGAAACUCUCUCCGACCUCAAACCAAGCUCUAAAUCCCCAUCCUCAUCCUCCGCCGCCGUCGUCAUUCCAACAAUCGAUCUCGCCGGCCUCGACUCCCCUGACCUCCGCCCUUCCAUCGUCGAUCAGGUCCGAAACGCCGCGUCGACCUUCGGAUUCUUCCAAAUCAUCAACCAUGGAGUUCCGCAGAAAGUGCUCGACGAUAUCCUCGAUUCGAUUAGGGCUUUUCACGAACUGCCAUCGGAGGCGAAAUCGCCGUACUACCGGAGGGACGUCGGGACCGGAGUGUCGUACUUGUCGAACAUCGAUCUGUUCAAAGCGAAAGCGGCGAGUUGGAGAGACACGCUUCAGGUAGGAUUAGGGCCGGUGGCGGCGGCGGCGGAGAAUAUUCCGGAGAUUUGCAGGGCUGCGGUGGGGGAGUGGGCGAAGGAAACGGAGAAGUUAGGGUAUUUAUUAGAGGAGGUGUUGUGUGAGGGAUUAGGGCUGAGACCGGAGCGGCUUAAGGAGGCGACGUACGGAGAAGGGCGGAUGAUGGUUGGGCAUUACUAUCCGUAUUGCCCACAGCCGGAUCUGACGGUGGGGAUUAAAUCGCACACGGAUCCUGGAGUUUUGACUGUGCUGCUGCAGGACCAUAUCGGCGGUUUGCAGAUCCGGCACGGCGGUGGUUGGGUGGAUGUUGAGCCCGUCGCCUGUGCUCUUGUUAUCAAUAUCGGCGACUUGCUUCAGAUUGCGUCAAAUAAUGUGUACAAGAGCGUGGAACAUAGAGUAUUAGCAAAUGGAAAGUCAGAAGCGCGUGUUUCGGUUGCAGUUUUCUACAACCCUAGAAUUAGAGAUAAUUUAUAUGGGCCAUUCCCUGAACUAAUCUCACAAGACACACCUGCGGCUUAUCAACAAUUCACAUACACGGAUUACAUAACAAGAUUCUUCAACAAGGAGUUAGAUGGAAAAUCAUUGCCCAACCAUUAUAAAAUUUGAACUUCAUGUUUGUCUGUUUGUUUGUUUGUUUUUUUUAAAUUUUCAAACUUCAAAACUAUUAUAAAUAUUACAGAUUAUGUGUAAAAUAGAUACCCAUUUUUAGUGUCAAGUCAAAUGUCACUCCAUCUAUACCUCAUGUGUGUUGUCAUAUGUAUUGUUAAUACUCAUUCUUAAUGUGCGAAUAAACCAUCUCCUACUUGUCAUGUUGCUUAUAAAUAUAGGCAUUUGGUGGAGCUUGUAAGAUACACACAUUGGUGAGAAUUUAAAAAAAGUUGGAGAAA